AUGUCUUUACUUCUACCUUCACUUGGAUAUUUCAAAAUUUAUAAUACUCUUAUAAAACAUGCUAAAACAUAUGCUUUUAAUAAUGGAUAUGCAGUAUCUAUUAAGAGAUCUAAGAGAGAUAAAUUUGUUUAUCUGCGCUAUGACAGAGGUAGAGCCUAUAGGAAUGCUUUAAAUCUUACAAAAGAAACUCAAAAAAGAGAAACAAGUUCGCAGUUAAUAGAAUGUUCUUUUGAACUAUAUGGUAGAAAACAAAAAGAUAAAGAGCAAAAUAAAGCUAAACAAAUGUAUAUUGCAGAU